AUGGCUUCUCGCGAUGGGUCGCGACAGUCCCUGGGCGGUCAGGACUCUGCAAAUGAGUUCGCUGCAGCCCAACGCCACCAUCGAAAAGGGCACCGCCGAAGCAUUAUGCUCGCUAACGUUGCGGAAACGUUGAAGGUGAAACAGGCUCGCAUGAAGGCACUCCGCGAGCAGCAGCGUUUGCGACUGGAUGGGAGGCAUAAAUUCAUCACAGGUUUAGUAGCGCUUCAAGUAGGGUUGGCUGGGACUGAAGUUGAGGACUACUUAUUGGAUGGGAAUCAGUUAGACAGAUUUGAUGAUUUCUUUGCUGCUCAUGGCCUGCGCUGCAUUCUGCUAUAUUACCAAGAAGCAGCCAUCCCAGUCACUACGGAGCUACAGCAAAUAGGACUUGCUCCAAACCAAUCCAAGUCAUUAGAGAAGAGGGUAGUUGUAACAGAUGGCACAGAGUUCCCUCUCACUGGGAUGUGUGUGUAUUUUGUGAGACCCAACAACACCAGGCCUAUUUCCACCUCAAAUAUUGCAGAGGAGGUAGUGAGUGGAGUGAUUGACACAAGUGACGGCACCAGCUUUCUGCAAGCACUUUGGCAACACUUGAGUCUCGUACUCAUACCAGCCCUUAGGCAGUCACAACCGUGGGGAUCAGUACCCAAACAGAGAGUCAAUCAGUUUCUAUGCUCACUUGACAAUUUCGUGGAGUUCCUGAAGAGUACCCAAAAGAGCAUCAACGAAGCUGUGUAUUUGAGUCUGCAGACACCAUUGAAACUGGAGAGGCUAAAAACCUCUGAAGGCUGCAUCACUCAUGCAAGGCAACCAGAUACUGUAGCAGCUCUGGAAGAUUUGGUAGCAAAGUGGUGCCAGCAAAUUGAGCAGGUUCUUGCGGAAGGGAGCCAAAUGCGAAAAGAGGCAGAUGAUACCGGUCCAUUCGCUGAACUGGAAUACUGGAAACACAGAGCUGCUAUAUUUUCUUGUUUAGUGGAGCAGAUUAAAACGCAGCCUUGUCGUGGAGUUAUCAGCACACUGAAUGUAGCCAAAGCAAAGAUCAUUAAGCAAUGGCGUGAACUUGACUGCCGUAUUACAGAUGCGUCUAAUGAGGCUCGUGACAACCUGAAGUUUCUUUAUUCCAUUGAGCAGCUUUGCAGGCCAUUGUAUGGCAGCAGCCCCAUAGCUUUGCUCGACUCCCUGCCUUCCCUCAUCAAUACAAUCGUCAUGGUGCAUGCAGUGUCACGCUACUACCAUACCUCAGAGAGGAUGACUUCUCUAUUUGUCAAGGUUACCAACCAAAUGGUGUCAGCUUGCAAGCAGUACAUCACUUCCGAAGGAGAGAUGAGUGUGUGGGAUGUUACUCCAGGUGCCCUCCUGAAGAGGAUUGAUGACUGCCAAAACCUCUAUGAUUGCUACCACCAUAGUUUUCAGCUGUCUAAGCAGAGGUUCUCCAGUGAAAGGCGUCCAUUUGAAAUCUCUGAAAUGUACGUAUUUGGCAAAUUUUCUUCUUUUUGCCGUCGUCUGAAGCAAGUACAGAGUGUUGUAGAGACAGUUCAGGGGUUUUCUGUGCUAAAGGACAGCCACAUUGAAGGCAUCGAUAUUGUGGCUACACGCUUUCAGCAGCUCGUUUCCACAUUGAAGAAGAAACCAUAUGAUCCCCUGGAUCAUAGGAAGAUGGAGUUUGCCAGUGAUUUUGAAGAUUUUCAGCUGGGGGUAGGGGAAUUAGGAGACCAGUUGGUGAUGUUCAUGAAUGCUAGGUUCUCCCAUGUGGAAUCCUGUAUCCAGAGCCUUGAACUACUCUCAAGAUUUGAGCGACUGAAUUUGGUGUGUUUAAGUGAGACUAUUAACCGAAAAUACUUCGAUAUUAUGAGUGUUUUCUCUGAAGAAAUGGAGAGGGUUCGUAAGCUGUACGAGAGUGAGAAGGCAAAUCCUCCGCUGACAAGGAACAUGCCACGCAUCGCUGGCAGAAUGUGCUGGGCUCGCCAGCUCAGUUUCCACCUGGAACAGCCAAUGAAACAUUUCCAAGCCAAACUAAAACUGCUUAAGAGUGGUCCAGGCUCUGCUCUUGUUCACAAGUACAACCAGCUUGCCCUCACUCUGACAGAAUAUGAAGUAGUGCAUUACAAAAUGUGGCUCAAACUAGUGAAGCAGACGGAGAAUUCCCUGGAUGUCCCAGUACUGAUCCGACGUGAUGAUGGUGUCAUGGAACCUAAUCUCCACUCUUCUGUGGUGUCCAUGAUGGAGGAAGCUAAGUGGAUGGCUCACCUUGGAAUGAAAGUUCCUCCUGAGGCAAACUCCCCUACCUUGGUCUCCAUCAAGAAACACUACAAUCAACUCAAGUUCCUCCUAGACAAGGAAGCUCAGAUAUGGCAGAGUGUACCUCCCAUUCUAAUGUCCAUAAUGAAGUAUCACAUACGGAAGGUGGACAUUACCCUUGCGGAUGGUCUACAUACCGUGACAUGGUCGUCUCUCAACAUACAUGGAUUUUUUCAUAACAUUUCCUUUGCCCUUGCUGAGUUUCAGUCUAUCAACAAGGAGGUACAGGAUAUUUAUGAGUGCCGCAUUGUUGCUUUUCUCAAAACUAUGGCGGAAACAUUACUGCUUUACCUGCCACCUCUGGAAACGUGGACUGCCGGAUCUUUCCUUUUACAAUCUAAGGCCAAGUGUAGAGCAGGACUGGAGGUGCUGAGUGUGUGCAGUGGGAAAGUGGAGGAAGCAGUGAAAGACUUGAUUGGACGGUUAAGGCACACAGCAAUGCUGCCCAUAAUUUUGCCUAGUGACAGUGAAGGCAUGGUCAAAAGCAAAUCCGAGGAGUUAGAGCAGUUUGAAAGUGAAUGUGAGGACCUAUUCUCCAUCUUCCAACAUCGCAACCUGGAAGCUUUGGUGUGUGCGGUGUCGUCCUCCCUGGAUCUGCUACGGAGGAGACUUGCCACCAGUUCCUCGGCCAGGAAUCUGUACGAGAAUGGUGGCCGCCCAGCACCCUGCUUCUCAGCAGAGCUCCUUGUACCAAGUCUUGAAGAGCUACAAGCAGCUGUGAAUCAGGUGGUACAGCUUGUGAGCGACAUUGGCCAGAGCAUUCCUUGCUGGACUCCACUGACACAGCAACAAUCACCAGUAGGGGCAACUAGCAACUAUCAACGAGCUAUCCAUGAUAGCAAAGACCUGUUGAAGCUCUCAAGCCUACUAUCGUCUGCACUACUUUCCUGCAGAGAGGACCUUACAAAGGCCCUUCGUGUGUUUGAGAGCUACAAGGAACUUUAUACGUUAGAAAGGGAACAGGUGCUGGCUGCAUUCGAAAGCAAUCGACCACAUCUCUCUGAGUUUGAGUCAGAAAUGGAGCACUAUGAGAGAUUGGAGAUUGAAAUUGCUCAGCUGCCGACCCAGCAGUCACUGACAGCUGCAAUACAGUUAUCCAGUGAACCUCUGAAGUUGGCCCUUGUGGUGGAGGCACGAGCCUGGAAGACUGCAUACGGCCAUAGCCUCAACUCUCACUACAGAACCAGCAUGAACAACAUUGUACAAUUUCUAUCAGAAUACAGCAAGAGACUUUCCAGACCAAUUGAGGAUCUGGAAGAUGUUCGCAGCACAAUGGCUGCAUUAGAUGAAGUGAGAGCCAAGGAGAUUGAAAUUGACAUGGAGCUUAACCCUAUUGAGGAAUGUUACUCUUUUCUGCAACGAUGUGGUGUAGCUGUGGCCCGUGAAGAAAUGGAAACGGUGGACUCACUACGAUACACUUUCAAAAACCUGCUCACAAAGGCCGGUCAGGUACAAAGUCACUUGAUUGGAAUUCAACCUCAAUUCAAGACUAAUCUUUUGGUGAGUGUGGAGGUGUUCCAACGUGACCUGGCUAAUUUCACCAACAACUAUUCAGAAGACCAAUGGUGGAAGGGCUGCACCCUCAAGAAGCCAGUGAGAGACUGGUUGUGUUCCAAAGCCCAGUUUGAUGAGUUGUGGUCCAAGUACCAGACAUAUUCUGGAGGUGAAGCCUUGUUUGGCCUCACAGUGACCGAGUACCCAGAGCUUCAGAACACAAGGAGGGAGAUCGGACUACUUCAGAAGCUCUAUGGGCUGUAUAACACAGUUAACGAUACCAUCAGUGGGUACUAUGAGGUGCUGUGGACAGAUGUUGAUAUUGAAAAAAUCAACAUGGAGCUCAUUGAAUUCCAAAACAGGUGUCGUAAGCUUCCCAAAGGAAUGAAAGAGUGGCAAGCGUUUCACGACUUGAAGCGAAAGAUCGAUGACUUCAACGAAACCUGUCCACUGCUUGAGCUCAUGGCUAACCCAGCCAUGAAAGAGCGACACUGGGAACGCAUUACAGCUCUCACUGGACACAGUUUUGACAUCAGUUCUGAGAAUUUCCAGCUCAGAAACAUCAUGGAGGCCCCCCUGCUGGACUACAAAGAUGACAUUGAAGAUAUCUGUAUUGCAGCAGGCAAGGAGAAAGACAUUGAGGCUAAGCUGAAGCAGGUCAUUGCUGACUGGAGUGUUCAGAACCUUUCAUUUGCUACUUUCAAGAAUAGGGGUGAGCUGCUACUGAAGGGUGUAGAGACUGCUGAGGUAGUGUCUCUGAUGGAGGACUCACUCAUGCUACUGGGCUCUCUCAUGUCUAACAGGUACAAUGCUCCAUUCAAGAAAGAGAUUGCUUCGUGGGUGCAGAAGCUAUCCAAUACAUCAGAUAUCAUUGAAAACUGGUUGGUAGUGCAAAACUUGUGGGUGUAUCUGGAGGCUGUGUUUGUUGGAGGAGACAUUGCUAAGCAGCUACCAAAGGCCCACCUGCUUGGUGUUUUUGAUAAUGUGAAGUCAGUGGUGUUCCAUGAGAAGGAAUACGACCGAAUUCUGGCAAUCAGCUCCCGUGAAAAAGAGACCAUUCCCCUUGAGCAGCCAGUGUUGGCUCAGGGUAAUGUCGAGAUUUGGCUGGGCCAACUUCUGCAAGGAGCUAUGGACUCACUACAUGCAGUCAUCAGGGAUGCCUUUUUUACCAUCCAGAAUCCAUCAUUCGAUCUGUUAAAUUUUCUGAACUCAUCUGCUGCCCAGGUGGGUUUGCUGGGUAUUCAGAUGAUCUGGACUCGUGAUGCUGAAACUGCUCUGCAAAAUGCUCGCUCCAAUAAAAAAGUGAUGGCUCAGACAAACGCCUUCUUCCUGGAUCUGCUCAAUACACUGAUUGAAGUGACCACUCAGGACCUCAGUAAGGUUGAGCGCAUCAAGUACGAGACCCUCAUCACCAUACACGUUCAUCAAAGGGACAUUUUCAAUGAUCUGGUGCGUAUGCAUGUCAAAAGUCCCCUUGACUUUGAGUGGCUGAAACAGAGCCGAUUCUACUUCAAUGAAGAUUCAGACCAGUCAAUCAUAUCCAUUACAGAUGUGAACUUCAUCUACCAAAACGAAUUUCUUGGCUGUACUGAUCGCCUAGUGAUCACUCCUCUUACUGAUCGCUGCUACAUUACCCUAGCACAGGCUCUGGGCAUGUCCAUGGGAGGAGCCCCCGCUGGGCCUGCAGGCACUGGCAAGACCGAAACAACCAAGGACAUGGGUAAGGCUCUGGGCAAGUAUGUCGUGGUGUUCAACUGCUCGGACCAGAUGGACUUCAGGGGACUGGGUAGAAUAUACAAGGGCCUGGCUCAGUCAGGAAGCUGGGGCUGCUUUGAUGAAUUUAACAGAAUUGAGCUUCCUGUACUGUCAGUGGCAGCACAGCAGAUACACAUUGUUCUCAACUGCAAGAAAGAGAGGAAACCUCAGUUUAUCUUCUCUGACGGGGAUGUGGUCAGCAUGAAUUCUGAGUUUGGUAUAUUUCUCACCAUGAAUCCUGGCUAUGCAGGUAGACAGGAGCUACCAGAGAACCUCAAGAUUCAGUUCCGCACAGUGGCCAUGAUGGUUCCAGACAGGCAGAUAAUCAUGAGGGUCAAAUUAGCAUCAUGUGGCUUCCUUGAAAACAUCAUUUUGGCCCGCAAAUUCUUUACUCUUUACAAACUUUGUGAAGAGCAGCUAUCCAAACAGGUUCACUAUGACUUUGGCUUGCGAAAUAUUCUGUCGGUUCUGCGUACACUGGGUAGUGUGAAGCGUGCUAGCCCACAGGACAGCGAAAGCACUAUUGUGAUGAGAGUUCUUAGAGACAUGAACCUUUCAAAACUGGUGGACGAGGACGAGCCACUGUUCAUGAGCCUUAUCAAUGACCUCUUUCCUGGAAUUGUAUUGGACAAAGCCGGAUACCCUGACAUUGAGGCUGCCAUUGAGCAGCAGGUACAGGAGGCUGGUCUAGUAAACCAUCCAUCGUGGUGCCUGAAGCUCAUUCAGUUGUUUGAGACACAGAGAGUACGUCACGGCAUGAUGGUUCUUGGGCCCAGUGGUGCUGGCAAGACACAGUGCAUCAACAUACUGAUGAGAGCCAUGGCACAGUGCGGCACACCUCACAGGGAGAUGAGGAUGAAUCCCAAGGCAAUUACGGCCCCACAGAUGUUUGGUCGCCUCGAUGUUUCCACUAAUGACUGGACAGACGGUAUAUUUUCCACUCUCUGGCGACGUACACACAAGGUGAAAAAGGGAGAACAUGUGUGGCUUGUUCUAGAUGGGCCCGUGGAUGCCAUAUGGAUUGAGAACCUGAACAGUGUUUUGGAUGACAACAAGACACUCACUCUGGCCAAUGGAGACCGCAUUACCAUGGCCCCUGACUGCAAGAUAGUCUUUGAGCCUGACAAUGUAGACAAUGCUAGUCCAGCCACAGUGUCUCGAAAUGGCAUGGUGUAUAUGAGUUCUUCUGCACUGGACUGGAGGCCUAUUCUUCAGGGAUGGCUAUCAUCAAGGCCCGACACCGAGCAAACCACACUAUGGGACUUGUUUGACCGUACAUUUGACCCUAUUCUAACUUACAUGCAACUCAACUUGGAGGCAAAGAUGACAGUUCUGGAAUGCAACUAUAUCAAACAGGCAAUGGACUUGCUAUCAGGACUAUUGGAGGUGGACGAGCACCACGAAGGCCACCACGAGCAUCCUGCUACAUUCACAACUGAGCACCUGGAGCGCCUCUAUGUAUUUGCACUGAUGUGGAGUGUUGGAGCUCUUCUGGAGUUAGAUGGAAGGGCUAAGUUGGAAGAAUUCAUUGUCAAAAUGGGGGAACUAGACCUACCUCCAGUGAAACCUGGGGAAACCAUGUUCGAGUAUGUUGUUGAGAAAACUGGUCACUGGAUACACUGGUCUUCGCGGGUGCAAGAAUACAGCUAUCCCCCUGACCAGGUCCCAGAGUAUGCCUCCAUCCUUGUUCCAAAUGUGGACAAUGUGAGGACCACAUUUCUGGUGAACCUCAUAGCACGACAGGAGAAGGCAGUGCUGCUGAUUGGAGAGCAAGGCACAGCAAAAACUGUGAUGUUUCAGGGAUAUGCCUCUCAGUAUAACCCUGAAAAACAUCUUUUCAAGGCCUUCAACUUCUCAUCUGCAUCUACUCCAAUGCUCUUCCAACGUACAAUUGAGAGCUAUGUAGACAAGAGGGUCGGUAGCACGUAUGGGCCACCCGCAGGCAAGAAGAUGAGUGUGUUUGUGGACGAUAUAAACAUGCCUGUCAUCAAUGAGUGGGGGGACCAGAUCACAAAUGAAAUAGUGCGACAGUUGAUGGAGAUGCAAGGUUUCUACAGCCUUGAGAAGCCAGGGGACUUCACCCACAUAGUUGACCUCCAGUUCAUGGCAGCCAUGAUCCAUCCAGGAGGAGGCCGCAAUGAUAUCCCUGCCAGACUCAAGAGGCAGUUUACCAUCUUCAACUGUACCCUGCCCUCCGAUGCCUCAAUUGACAAGAUUUUUGGUGUGAUAAGCAGUGGGUAUUUCUGCCAACAGAGGGGCUUUUCUGAAGAGGUUUGCUCGACCGUGGCUCUUUUGGUACCUGCAACUCGCUUGCUGUGGCAGAAAACUAAGAUAAAGAUGCUGCCGACACCUGCAAAAUUCCACUACAUAUUCAAUCUUCGAGACCUUUCUCGUAUAUGGGAGGGGAUCUUGCUAGUUGCUGCUGAAGAGUGCCAGAGUGCAAGUCAAGUUCUGUCUCUGUGGCUGCAUGAAUGCAGUAGGGUUAUUGCCGACAGAUUCACAAAUUCACAGGAUGUGGAGUGGUUCCUGGGGGCAGUGGAGCAAAUCCGUUGUGAUGAACUUAAAGGAGAAGUGAUGGCAUCCCCUGAGCCAUACUUUGUAGAUUUUUUGAGAGAGGCACCGGAGCCCACUGGGGAUGAGCCGGAGGAUGCUGAUUUGGAGGCACCAAAAGUUUAUGAGAUGGUGCCUAGCUUGGAAGUACUCUCAGACAAACUGACAGGGUAUAUUCAACAGUACAAUGACACGAUCCGUGGGGCAGGCAUGGACCUGGUCUUCUUCAAGGAUGCCAUGGUUCAUUUGGUGAAGAUUUCACGGAUUAUCAGUAUGGCACGGGGAAACGCUCUGCUUGUUGGAGUAGGUGGCUCAGGCAAGCAAAGUCUCACCCGACUAGCUUCCUUCAUUGCUGGCUACAAGACAUUUCAAAUAACGCUCACAAGAUCCUACAAUGCUAACAACUUGAUGGAUGAUCUAAAGUUGCUGUAUAGGACUGCAGGUCUAGAAGGUAAAGGAAUUACGUUUAUCUUCACUGACAAUGAAGUGAAAGAUGAGGGGUUCCUGGAAUAUCUCAACAACGUUCUGUCAUCAGGGGAAGUGUCAAACCUGUUUGCUAGAGAUGAGCUGGAUGAGAUCACAGGGGAACUAAUUCCUGUUAUGAAGAAGCAAUUUCCACGGCAUCCACCAACUCAAGAGAAUCUCUAUGACUACUUCAUCUCCAGGGCUCGUAAGAACCUUCAUGUUGUCCUCUGCUUCUCUCCUGUUGGUGAGAAAUUUCGCAAUCGAGCACUAAAAUUCCCUGGCCUCAUCUCAGGGUGUACUAUGGACUGGUUCAGCCGGUGGCCUAAAGAUGCCCUCAUCGCAGUGGCCCAUCGUUUUCUGUCCGAGUUCAAUAUAGUCUGCACACAUGACACCAAGCAGGAGGUGGUGAGGGCCAUGGGUGUUGUUCAUGACUUCGUUGCAGAGACAUGUGUGGAAUAUUUUGAUCGAUUCCGGCGCUCAACACAUGUUACUCCAAAGUCCUACCUCUCUUUCAUUGGAGGGUAUAAGACUAUCUACACUGAGAAACUUGAUCACAUUGGUGAGCUGGCCAAGCGUAUGAACACAGGACUAGACAAGCUGGUGGAGGCCAGUGCCAGUGUAGCAGAGCUGAGUAAGGAACUGGUGGUGAAGGAGAAGGAGCUGGCUGUUGCAUCAGCCAAAGCUGACGAGGUACUGCAGGAGGUGACAGUAAAGGCACAGGAAGCUGAAAAGGUGAAGGCAGAGGUACAGAAAGUAAAAGACAAAGCUCAGGCUCUGGUGGAUGACAUUGAGGCUGACAAGAAGAUAGCAAUGGGCAAGCUUGAAGCAGCUCGGCCAGCACUUGAGGAGGCAGAGGCAGCCCUGCAGACCAUCAAGGCUGCAGACAUUUCCACUGUCAGGAAACUGGGCAAGCCUCCACACCUGAUUAUGAGGAUCAUGGACUGUGCACUGCUGCUGUUCCAGAGAAGGCUAGACCAAUUUGCAGCAGACCCAGAGAAGCCUGGCCCAAGACCCUCUUGGGCAGAGUCACUGAAGAUGAUGAGCCAACAAGGCUUUCUCCAGGGACUGCAAACCUUCCCCAAAGACACAAUAAACGCAGAGACAGUAGAGCUGCUCGCUCCUUACCUUGAAAUGGAAGACUACAAUCUUGAAACUGCCAAGAAGGUCUGUGGAAACGUGGCCGGCUUACUCUCGUGGACCAAAGCCAUGUCAUUCUUCUAUGAGAUCAACAAGGAAGUACUCCCACUCAAAGCCAACCUUGCCAUUCAGGAAGUUCGACUGGCGUCAGCUAUGGCCAACCUUCGCCAAGCACAGGCCCAGCUUGAUGAGAAACAGCGAGAACUGGACCAAGUUCAGGCAUUAUAUGACGCUGCCAUGAGGGAAAAACAAACUCUUUUGGAUGAUGCUGAGAGUUGUCGUCGCAAAAUGAACGCAGCAUCUGCUCUCAUUGGUGGCCUUGGAGGAGAGAAGGAUCGCUGGACUCAACAAAGCAAGGAGUUUGAGUCACAAAUCAGCCGACUUGUGGGAGACGUGCUGCUGGCCACAGGCUUUCUCUCCUACUCCGGCCCAUUCAACCAAGAAUUCCGCAUGCAUCUAAUGUCUGGCUGGAAAGAAGAACUGAAGAGAUGCAAAAUCCCCUUCUCUGGAGAUGUAAACAUUACUGCAAUGCUAGUGGACAACACUACCAUUGGCGAAUGGAACUUACAGGGACUUCCUAAUGAUGACUUGUCCAUACAAAAUGGCAUCAUUACUACCAAGGCCACUAGGUACCCACUGCUGAUUGAUCCCCAGGGCCAAGGAAAAGCAUGGAUCCGAAACAGGGAGAAAGGGUGUGAGCUGCAACUGACAACUCUAAAUCACAAGUACUUUCGCAAUCACCUAGAGGACAGUCUGUCACUUGGCCGACCACUGCUGAUUGAAGAUGUUGGGGAGGAGCUAGACCCUGCUCUCGACAAUGUUCUGGAGAAAAACUUCAUCAAGUCAGGCAAAACGCUGAAAGUAAAAGUGGGAGACAAGGAAGCGGAUGUGAUGUCAGGGUUCACCCUCUAUAUUACCACUAAGCUGCCCAACCCCAGCUACACUCCAGAAAUCUCAGCCCGUACUUCUAUCAUUGACUUCACAGUGACCAUGCGAGGUCUAGAGGACCAGCUACUUGGUCGAGUCAUCCUCACAGAGAAGCAUGAGCUAGAGGCAGAGAGGGUGCACCUCAUGGAAGAAGUCACUUCCAAUAAGAGAAAGAUGAGUGAACUGGAGGACAACCUUCUCUACCGUCUCACCAGCACACAGGGCUCACUGGUAGAUGAUGAGUCACUGAUCGAAGUGCUGCGCACCACGAAGGAAACUGCUCAUGAAGUAAGCGAGAAACUGACAGUGGCUGCAGAGACGGAGGUCAAGAUCACCACUGCCAGAGAGGAGUACCGGCCAGUCGCAACCCGCGGUUCCAUCCUCUACUUCUUGAUUGUCGAGAUGUCCAUGGUUAAUAUCAUGUACCAGACCUCUUUGCUACAGUUCCUUGGUCUCUUUGAUCAGGCAAUGGAGAGAUCAGAGAAAUCCCCCGUCACCAGCAAACGUAUCCACAGCAUCAUUGACUACUUGACCUAUUCUGUUUUCUGCUAUUCCUGCCGUGGUCUUUAUGAGCAACAUAAGUUCCUUUUCACACUUCUGUUGCCACUGAAGAUAGGGCUACAAGAGGGAACAAUCCAACAUGACGACUUUCAAACCUUCAUCAAAGAGGCUCCAGAAGAAGCUCAGAUUCCUGAGGGCUACCAUUUGUCUCUUGACUCGUUCAAGAAACUGCUACUUAUCAGAUGCUGGUGUCCUGACCGCACACUGGCUCAGGCCAGAAAAUAUAUAGCAGACGUGAUGGGGAAAAGAUACGCAGAAGGAGUUAUACUGGACCUGGAGGCCAUGUGUGCUGAGAGUAAUACUCGGACACCUCUUAUUUGCUUCCUAUCAAUGGGCUCCGAUCCCACCAACAAUAUUGAGGGCCUGGCCAAGAAACUGCAACUAGAUUGCCACUCCAUUUCUAUGGGCCAAGGGCAGGAAGUGCAUGCUCGGCGACUACUGCAGCAGAGUAUGACAAAUGGUACUUGGGUACUUCUGCAGAACUGCCAUCUUGGGCUGGACUUCAUGGAUGAGCUCCUGCAGACUGUCCUGGAGACUGACAGCGUCCACCAGGCCUCCCGUAUCUGGAUCACAACUGAAGUCCACCCCAAUUUUCCCAUAUCAUUGCUCCAGGCCAGUAUCAAGUUCACCAAUGAGCCACCACAAGGAGUGAAAGCAGGCCUGAAGAGGACCUAUGCAGGGAUCUCACAGGAGCAAUUGGACUACUCCAAUCUCUCUCAGUGGAGACCUGUGUUGUAUGCUGUGGCUUUCCUGCACACCACGGUCCAGGAGCGGAGGAAGUUUGGUCCACUGGGGUGGAAUAUUCCAUAUGAGUUCAACCAGGCCGACUUCACUGCCAGCGUGCAGUUUGUCCAGAACCACCUUGACGACAUGGACCCCAAGAGGGGUAUAUGCUGGAGUACAGUACGCUACAUGCUGGGGGAGGUCCAGUAUGGUGGCAGAGUUACUGAUGAUUAUGACAAGACGCUUCUCAACACUUUUGCCAAGGUGUGGUUUGGAGAUCACAUGUUUGCCGAAACAUUCAACUUUUACAAGGGCUAUAGUAUUCCACAUUGCAAGACCAUUGAGCAGUGUAGGGAGUUCAUCGACCACCUCCCACUGGUGGACACUCCAGAGGUGUUUGGGCUCCACCCCAAUGCUGACAUCACGUACCAGAGUAACAUGGCAAAGGAGGUGCUGGAUACUAUCAUGAGUAUCCAGCCAAAGGACAGCAGCAGUGGUGGUGGAGAGACACGGGAGAGCCGAGUGUUCCGCAUUGCCACUGACAUGUUGGAGAAACUUCCAGAUGACUAUGUUCCUCACGAAGUCAAAGCUAGACUGCAGAAGAUGGGAAUCUUGUCAAGUAUGAACAUCUUCCUGCGGCAGGAGGUUGACCGCAUGCAGCGAGUGCUCGGUCUUGUGCACUCCACUCUGCAAGACUUGCAGCUAGCAAUUGAAGGAACUAUUAUCAUGAGUCAGAACUUGAGGGAUGCUCUUGAUAGCAUAUUUGAUGCUAAAGUGCCACAAAUAUGGAGAAAGAUCUCAUGGGAAUCCUCUACUCUUGGGUUCUGGUUCACAGAGCUGCUGGAACGCAACAACCAGUUCUCAUCCUGGGUGUUCAAAGCUCGCCCCAACGUCUUCUGGAUGACUGGGUUCUUCAAUCCUCAGGGCUUCCUGACAGCCAUGCGACAGGAAGUUACUCGGGCUCAUAAGGGCUGGGCCCUUGACUCGGUGCUGCUUCACAACGACGUGACUCGUAUGAUGAGAGAGGAUGUAUCGCAACCACCACCUGAAGGUGUCUAUGUGUACGGACUGUACCUAGACGGAGCAGGCUGGGAUCGCAAGACCAGUCGCCUCAUGGAACCUCCUGCCAAAGUCCUCUUCACCCCUCUCCCUGUGAUCCACCUCUAUGCUGUCAACUCCUCCGACCAUCUGCAAGACAACAAACUGUAUUUCUGCCCAGUGUACAAGAAGCCUCGUCGCACAGACCUCACCUACAUCACGGCAGUUAGUCUUCGUACACCCACCUCCCCAGGCCAAGCAGCCAACCCUGACUACUGGAUCCUCAGGGGGGUGGCCUUGCUCUGUGACAUCAAGUAA